CUCCCCCAUUCUUCUUCUUCUUUUGUUUCUCCAACUUCCACCUCGGCACCUUCCUCUCCCUCUUCUGCCCCUUCCUAAGCCUAGCCAACGCCUCCAGCGCAGUUUCCCCCCUUUCUAGCUUUAGUAUAAGCCGCGUCAUCAACUCCCCAGUCGUAAUCUUAUCUUCCUCCUUUUGUCUCUUCCUCAACCCCUCCUCUCUCUUCUCAUGCGCAGCAGCAGCAGCCUUCAUUUCCUUUUUACUAACCCCCUCCAGCCAGCGGUCAUGAACAGCAUCAGCAUCAGCAGCCUUCCUGAUGAAAUUCCCCGCCUCGUCAAAAGCGCCCUCUUCCUGCUCGGCGCGCAUGUUGAAGGCGUCGAUCUUGGGUGCAUGUUUUUUUAAGCCUCCCAGGCCGACUUCCUCGUCUAGGCCCUCUUCUGCGAUGGCGGCGGCGAUGGUGUCGGGGUUUUCUUCUUCGUCGUCGUCUUCGUCAUCGGAGAGGGUGGGUUCGGCUGAAGGGUUGAUGGUGAUGUGACCGCCUGAUUUGGAGUCCCCUUCUUGACCUUCAAUCUGGUCAACAUCUAAAAAGUUGACAGUUUUGUCCUUUUUUUUGGAGGGUUUGUUGGAAGGUUUGGACUCAGUGUCUGAGUCGGCGGUGCCAAACAUGUCGAUUUCAUCGUCCGAGUCUGGUUUAGAGGUGGUGGUGGGUUGGGAGUUGUAAUUGUCGAGGGCUUCUUCGAGGUUGACCUUGUCGCUGCGGGCUUCGGCGCGGGCUUCAAAGUGCUCGUUUUCAGAGUCGGAGUCGUAGCCAUCGAUGUUUACUGCUCCGCGUUUUGUUGCGCGGGUGGAGGAGCCGAUUACGUCGGCGGCGAGGGUUUGGUCUUGUUCUUCUUGGUCGGAUUCGUCCGAGUCGGCGGUGGGUGCGAGGGCGGAGGGGUUGCGGAUGUCGAAGCGGACUUUUUUGGAGGAGGAUUCGGAGGUUGAGCCGUGGUGGGUGCGGGCGAAGGCUUCGGAGGCGCGUUUGGGGCGCGCGGCGGAGAAGCGGGAGGCCAUGGUGUGGUUGUAAUGGGGGUGGUGGUGGUGGUGGUGAUGGUGAUGGUGGUGGUGAGAGUGAAAUGGGAAGUUGAGGACGCGAUAUGUUGCGAUUAUCGAGAUGAGAGGUAAGCGAUAAGGGUUGGGGUUGGGGGAGGAAUGACGUCAGGAGGCUCGGUCGUGAUGGUGAAUCUAAAGGUUUCACAUGCAGCGCCAGGGAGCGCCUUGUGGUUGCCAGCUUAGCUCUCUCGAGAUUCACUUGAUAAUAGUAUAUAUACGCUCAGUAGAGCAUCGAGUAAUCUUCAGACAAUUUCUGAAUACAUAAAGUUGUUGAAGGUCGCGCCACAGCAGCCACAACACCCCGCGGAACCCCACAGUGCGCAUUGAGCUUGGGCCGCGACUGUGACGGACAGUAGGUAUGUCAUCCACUGGCUGCCUUCGGAACCUCAACGACCAGCUGCCAUUCACUUUCUUCUUUUGCUACCACAACGCCGCAUUGGAAGAUACAGCAGCUUCUUACCUCCCCCCAGCAACGCAACCAAAGCUACGCGGUUUUACAGGCAGCUUUAAAUCUCGGUCCAUCAAGCAAAAUGUUUGGCUACGGAGGCGGGGGUAGAGCCCCUCGCGUACAGCGAUUCGAUGAAUACUAUCGCUGCUACCCAUUGGUCAUGGCCCCCGGCGCCGAACGCCCCGAGCUCAACUACGGCUCCAAGAUCUUCCUCCCUCCUUCGGCUCUCGACAAGGUAUCUAGGUUACACGUCCAGUGGCCGAUUAUGCUGGAGUUGAUCAACGGGGCCGAGGGCAAGCACACACAUGCUGGCGUGCUAGAGUUCGUGGCCGAGGAGGGCAGGGCUUAUGUUCCUCAAUGGAUGAUGCUAACACUCAAACUCGACGUCGGCGACAUGAUCCAAAUCAAGACGACCUCUCUCGAGCUUGCCAAGCUGGUCAAGCUGCAACCCCAGUCAGUCAACUUCCUCGACAUCAGCGAUCCACGCGCCGUUCUCGAAAAGGCCUUUCGCAACUUUGCCACUCUGACCAAGGGUGAUGUUUUCAACUUUGAAUACAACGACGAGAUUUACGAGAUGGCUGUGCUGGAGGUCAAGCCCGAGACGGACAAGAUGGGCGUCUGCAUGAUAGAGACCGAUGUCAGUGUUGAUUUUGCCCCACCAGUGGGUUAUGUCGAGCCUGAGAGACAGCCUCGUGGAAGCGGCACCAGCACUCCGCGCAGUGCCAUGGGCCCAGGUGGAGUGGCUCCCGGAGGUCUGAUGCACAGCCAGGGGACCAUGGCGCAAGCCAUCAACUACGGUGCCAUUGCUCCCAGCGCAGUUAACGUCAUGAUCGGGAACUUUGCUGGGGAGGGUAACCGGCUGAGCAAGAAGGGAAGUAAGGCGUCAACACCAAAGCCGGCGACUCCAGUUGCUGGUGCGUCAGUUAAUAUCGGGAAUGUUGCGCUACCUGCUGCGGCGCUGCCCAAGAGAAGGAAUAACGGUCCGGCGCCGUUGCGUUUGCCGCCAAAUAAACUGUUCCUGGGGUAUGAGAUCAAGCCUGUCAAGACAGCUGCUGACAAGGAGAGAGAGGCGGCGAACGCCAAGCAGCCUCACUUUGCUGGCCGAGGACAGACGUUGCGCGGAGUGGUCAAGAAUCCAGAGGACGAGGAGAAGCCUCCGGUUGAAAAGAAGCCAGAGGAAAGGAAGGGAAGGCGGUUGGAUGGCAAGGACCCCCGGUAAAUGGCUGAUGGCAUGAAAAUUCACUUUGACCAAUGCAUUGUUUGGCGUUUGGGGUUUUUGGGAAAGGCAAAGGGACAGGAGGCAAACUGCUAUAGUGGAUAGAGAAGUCGGCAGCAGUCAGCAGAGUGC